CCCACUUUGUCUUUUCUCCAUUUGGAGCGCACCUAAUGGAGAGAGUUGAGUUGACUAGAAGAACUGUCCUACAGACGGCCGUAGCCGCCCUAUGUGUGGAGACUGGAUACCUGAGCGUGGAGAAGCAUGCUCUAGGAUCUCUGACAGAAGCUACUCAGAGCUUUAUCAGUGAGCUGGGACGCACUGCUCGUAUGUACAGUGAGCUGGCCUCAAGGACAGAGCCUACAGUCUCAGACGUACACUCAGCACUCAUUGACGCAGGAUUUGAUGUCAAUGGUCUCCCUGAGUACUCUAAGAGACCGCAGAGAAGACACUUGGCAAAACAGCCUCGUAGCUACCCUCAACCUCAACCACGAUGCCUUCAGGUGGGGUCAAAGUGCACCCGUCCGUCCAACAUCCCUCCACACCUCCCCCUCCUCCCUGACCCCCACACCUACGUCAAGACCCCUACGUUUAUUGUCCCUGCCAGUGACUACCGGAGUGUGAGGGAGAAACUAGCCAUGGAGAAGCGCAACUCACGACGAGCUCUCUCCACCCUCCUCUCAAAGACACGCCCCUCCCACCCCGUGGCUGGGACCACUGACGCCUCAGGACUUUAUACAGUGGUCACCAGCGAGCUGACAGCCUCUCCCUCCUACAUGCAAGCACUUCUAGUCUCCACAGAGGAACAAGAGGAGGCUAAUGAUGACCACACCCCUCAGGACCCCCCUGGAGAUGUGGACCUCCUGCAGAGCCAAGAGAGGUCAGAACAAACAGAGACUAAUAACAGUGACUCUUAUGAGAACCCGUUUUUGAAACCAGCUAAACAAGUCAAAAUAACAUUAUUAAAUAGAUCCACUCAAUAGUUGUUAAACUGUUUUGUGCUGCUCAUUAAUUUUCAUAAUGUUAAUAUUGAAUUUCUAUCUUUUUCAUAACCAGUAAACUACUUACCGUAUAGCGGGUAUAUUUCGAGAGUAUAAACUUUUGCAGAAUGA